AGUUUAAAACUGUUUAAUUUUCAAAAUCUAAAUUCUCAUAUCUAUCUAAUCGCCAUCGUCAUCUUCAUCUUCAUCAUGUCAUCCACAAGAGAAACUAUGCAAUAUCCUUUGACUGCAUGGAAGUUCCUAUUUUUUCCAACAGUAAAAUCGAGUGACCUUUUUUCGGUAUUCAUGAAAGUCACUCUUGCUAUCUUCGUUUUCCUUUCAGCCUAUCUCUUCUUCUACCACUCUUUUACAACCCACAUAAAAGUCCACUCUUGCCCUCAGUGUGACAGAUUCAUCACUGAACAGAAAUUCAUCGACGUUGUUGAUACUAACAAUAACAAUACUUCCGUCAAUUAUGAAAAGACAAAUUUAUCACAUAUUUUGUUUGGCAUCGGCGGCUCAACACAGUCAUGGGACACUCGCCGGAUUUACUCUGACUUAUGGUGGAUUCCUAACAUUACCCGCGGCUACGUUUGGCUGGAUGAGAAGCCGAAAACUUGGCCGGAGAUGUCGCCGCCGUACAAAAUCUCCGAGGACACAUCGAGUUUUAAAUACUCUUGCUCGUACGGUUCGCGCUCUGCCGUGCGUAUAGCGCGUAUUGUCAAGGAAAGUUUCGAGCUUGGAUUGGAUAACGUUAGGUGGUUUGUUUUGGGAGACGACGACACAGUUUUUUUUGUUGAGAAUUUGAUCACCGUGUUGGGAAAAUAUGAUCAUAAUCAAAUGUAUUAUAUUGGUGCCAAUAGUGAAAGUAUUGAGCAAGAUCUUAUACAUUCUUAUACCAUGGCUUACGGCGGCAGUGGCAUCGCUAUUAGUUACCCUUUGGCCGCUGAGCUCGUUCGGGUUUUAGAUGGAUGCAUUGAUCGAUACGAUUCGUUUUAUGGGUCUGAUCAGAAAAUACAAGGUUGCAUGGCUGAGAUUGGUGUACCCCUCACCAAAGAACUCGGUUUUCAUCAGGUUGAUAUACGAGGGAACCCGUAUGGCUUACUGGCGGCGCACCCGCUGACUCCAUUGGUGUCGCUCCACCAUCUAGACUAUGUAGAUACCAUAUUUCCGAAGAUGACUCAAACUGAGGCGCUCAAGAAGUUAAUCAGUGCAUAUGAAAUGGACCCUAAUCGGGCUCUGCAGCAUAGUUUUUGUUAUGAUUUGAUCCGUAGUUGGUCCGUCUCUGUUUCCUGGGGUUACACCGUGCAGUUGUAUCCAUUUUUGGUGCCGGCGAAGAAGCUGGAAACGGCGUACUUGACGUUUAGGACAUGGAGGAGUUGGAGCGACGAUCCAUUUCACUUCAAUACCCAAGCCAUGAGCCCCGACCCGUGUGAAAGACCGCUUAUUUAUUUCUUUGACCGGAUUGAGAGGGUUGAAAGGAACAAGACCUUGACGACGUAUACAAGAUUCAUAGAUGAAAAUGAAAAUGAAAAAGCUUGUGCUAGACUUGACUAUGCUCAGGCUUUGACCGUCGAAUCUUUCAGCAUCUCUGCGGCCACGUUGACAACUGACGUUUGGAAAAUGGCGCCACGUAGACAGUGUUGCGAGGUCGUCAACGGUGGAAAAGGGACAGAAAGGGAAAGAGUUGUCGAGGUCAAUAUUAGGAGCUGCAAUAGCUUAGAGAGCGUCACUCCACCGUAGAAGAAACCGACUUUUAUAUACCUAUUUCACAUUGAAAGUCACGCAGUCAACUGAUUGUAAAGUUACACGGCACCGUUUGGCUCAACCUGGAGAAGGAGAAGAAACUCGUAAAUAUUUUAUUGAUUAAUUUGUUUUUUCCUGGAGCUCAACCGACUACUAGAUCUAAUAACAAACUAAUUUCACAUGAUUUAUUUACUUCUGAAUAGUUCAUCUUAA